AUGGUCCCACCCCUCCUGACGCUCGAAGAGCACUUCGUAAGCGUUGUCGGCCUCGGAGAGCAUCCCGCGGCGAAGAUGUUCCCAGAAGCGACCGUGGCCCGCAUGCAAGACCUGGGAGAGAAUCGGAUUCGAGAGAUGGAUGCCGGGAAAGUCACACUACAAGUCAUCUCCCACGCGCCUCUCGAUGCGUCAUUGGCAGAUUGUCGUCGAGCCAACGAUCAACUCGCCCAAGCCUGCGCAGCACAUCCUGCGAGAUUCGCUGGCUUCGCAACGCUGCCGAUGGGAGACCCAGAGGCGGCGGCCGAGGAACUCAAGCGCAUGGUACAAGACCAUGGGUUCUUGGGUGCGCUCGUCGACAACCAAUUAGAAGACGGCCAGAUGUACGAUGCCGAGAAGUUCUGGCCGGUAUUCGAGCAGGCCGAAGCCCUCGACGUUCCUAUCUACAUCCAUCCCACCUACCCUGGCACCGACCUCGAAGACCACUACAAGGGCAAUUUCCCUGACAGCACGGCCUUCAUGCUGGGCACUUUCAGCUGGGGCUGGCAUGCAGAAACCGGCCUUCACAUCCUGCGCCUCUUCGCCGCUGGUCUCUUCGACAAGUAUCCCAAGCUCAAGAUCGUCAUCGGUCACAUGGGCGAGUUCAUGCCGUACAUGUUCGAGAGAUUCGAACGCUCUGCACGCCUUUGGGGCAAGAGAGAGCGUGAUCUUCGAACAGUUUGGAAUGAAAAUAUCUGGAUCACGACGAGUGGUCACUUUGCGUUGCCUCCUUUUGAGUGCUUGGUGAAGACCAUCCCGAGAGACAGGGUCCUGUACAGUGUCGACUAUCCUUUCUCAACCACGGAGCGAGGGCUGCAAUUUGUGGAGGAAAUCGAGAAGGCCGGAAUACUCACUGCGGAAGAGCUUGAGGGCUUCUGCUACCGAAACGCCGAGAAGUUGUUGAAAGUGAAGCUCAGCGUAUGA